GGGAGGGAAGGGGAGGGAUGAAGGAGGAGGAGGAGGCGGGAUUAGAGAGGAGGAGAGUGGGAGGGGAGAUGGAAGAGGAGGGGGAAGGCGGAGAGAGAGCAGCCACAGAAGGAGAAGGAGGUGUGGUGAGGGAGGAGAAGGAUUAGGAGGAGGCGGGGGGAUGGAAUAGGAGAAGGGGCAGGAAGAGGAAGCGGAGGGACAGAGGCGGAUCAAGGCUGAGCAGCAGGAAGCACGCGGUCGAGCCCUCCGUGCAUUCGCAGCCCCCACCUGUGGGAUCAUCGCCCCCCAUGGCGCAGGAUUUCCCAUUGCCGUCUCUUGUGAGGCUGUGAGGAAGAUGUCCCUGGACACUGAGGCAGAGCAGGAGCUGAGGAUGGAGAGCAGGGAGGACAAAUCCCCGUGGCAGAACCUCGUGGCAGAGGCCAUUUUGAGCAGCUCCAUGGCGCAGGAACCCAACGGGGAGGAAAAGCCCCGGAGAUGCCGCACGAGGAGGGGCUGCAAACGCAGAUGGCGGGGAUCUGAGGGGGAAAGAGCCAGCCUGGGCCGGGAAGGCGGCCGGAGAUGGAGCCAGAGCUCGGAGCUGGUGGUCCAUGAGGAGGUUCCUGAUGGGGAGAAGCCCCACAAGUGCUUGGAGUGUGGGAGGGGCUUCCAGAUAAGCUCCAACCUGAUCCGGCACCAGAGGAGCCACACUGGGGAACGGCCCUACGAGUGUGAUCAGUGCAGGAAGAGGUUUCGGAGCAGCUCCAGUCUCCUCGUGCACCAGCGCACACACACACAGGAGAGGCCCUUCCGCUGCCCCGACUGCGGGCAGGGCUUCAGGCAGAGCUUCCAUCUUGUCUGGCACCGGUGAAUGCACACUGGGGAUAGGCCCCAUAAGUGUGAAGAAUGUGGGAGGAGCUUCAGGGAGAGCUCCACCCUGAUCCACCACCAGAGGACCCACACUGGGGAACGGCCCUACGAGUGUGGGGAGUGUGGGAAGAGAUUCAGACAUCGCGCCAACCUCCUUGUCCACCAAAAGAUCCACACUGGGGAGAGGCCCUACGAGUGUCCCCAGUGUGGGAAGAGCUUCUCACAGUGCUCUCACUUGACCAGACACCAACGGAGGCACUGGUGAGGGAAGCCCUGCGAGUGCCCCGAGUGCGGGAAGAGCUUCGUGCGCUGCUCCAGCUCCAUCCCCCACUGCAGGACCCACGCUGGGCACAGCCCUGGUGACCCACAUUCCCUGUGAUCCGUGGUGGGAACACAUCUGGCUGCUCCUCCUUUUGGUUUGGCCUUAAUGUUUUUUUUCUCUUCUCAAUCUUUGCAGUCCAAAAGCCAAGUCGAUGGGUCUGUUACUUCAGAAUAACUCAGCCCCACUGAAAACAACUUAAUUGUUGAAUGAAAGCUCAAUAGCACCAGGGAUUUGCUUCUUCCCACCUCAAAAAACUCAAUCCCACAACAAAGUCACUCGACUCCAAAGCCACCAGGCUGACAUGGGGUUAGAAUGACACUGGGAGAAGUGGGAUCCCAGUUUAGUGCAGAGGUACGGGGAUUGCGUGGGGCUGGGUGUGUGAGAUGUAUUUGAUAGCAAAUAAAACUUUCAGACUUACUGCUUUCUUCCCGUC